AUGAGAGAGGAGGACUCAAAUUGGUUCUCAAGUUGGGAAGAGGAGUUACCUUCUCCAGAGGAACUCAUGCCUUUAUCCCAAACCCUAAUAAGUCCUCACCUUGCCAUAGCCUUUGAUAUAACAAACCCUUCUCACCACCAACAAUAUUCUUCACAGCAAGUUCAAGAGCAACAAUUUUCACAUCAACCACCGUCCGGCACGGAGGAGGAACCAGCGAGGACCCAGAAGCGGCCGCGACUGGUGUGGACCCCACAGCUCCACAAACGCUUCGUGGACGCCGUGGCCCACUUGGGGAUCAAGAACGCCGUUCCCAAGACCAUAAUGCAGCUCAUGAGCGUCGACGGCUUGACCCGCGAAAACGUCGCCAGCCACCUCCAGAAAUACCGCCUCUACUUGAAGCGCAUGCAGGGAUUGGCCGGAGGCGCCGCCGCCGACUCCGCCACCGACCAUAUCUUCGCCAGCUCCCCCGUGCCGCCGCACUUUCUACACCCUGCCGGGCGCCCGACCUCUGACCAUUACCUGCCCUUUGUACCGGCGUUGCAGCAGCACCGCCACCCCCACCAGCACAUGGCGGUGGCCGGCGGCCACCGCCAUUUCGGCUCGCCGCGGAAUGCGCACUUUGAGCUCCCCAUUCUGUCGCGGAUGGGGGCUCCGGUGACGGGUUAUGCUGAGGACGUGGAAUCAGGAGGGAGAAAGGUUCUUACUUUGUUUCCAGCUGGAGAUGAUUGA